CCGUUGGCGAAUUUAAAUGUUUGGGGUCCAUAUUUUUAAAAGGAGCAGGGACGGAGUUUUAAGAAACAGCUAAGAAAACUAAAAAUAUAAUUAUUUCUUAUUAUUUGGAAGUAAAGCUUUCAGGAUAGAUAAACUGAUGUUUUGUAAAUAUUGUGGGGUUUUCGUUUUUUAUCGUUAUGUCUUCGUCUAAGGAGGAUUCGUUAUCCCCAGAAGAACUUAGGAAAAGACUCUAUCGAACCUUUAAAAACAACGGAGUCCUCGAUAGACUUAAAGUGCAGCUGCGGAAUCAGCUCAUUCAGGAGUUAAAUCAUCCACUUUCAAGGGGACAAAAUCCAGGUCCAGUGCCACUAAAUGGAACAUCUGAGACACUUCUACUUUCAGCCUGCAACAGUAUGGUGGCUGAUCACCUCCGUACUUUAGGGUAUGAAUACACACUUUCUGUAUUCUGCCCCGAGAGUGGUCUGAGUAAUGACAAGAUUCUCAAGAAAGAAGACCUUCUUCGCAUUCUUAACUUAAGUCCUUCAUCAGCAAUUUUUACAUCUAUGCUAAAUAAAGAAAACAGUGAUAAAGGGUUCCUGUUCAGCCUUUUGGCAGGUCUGGCACACCAUUCAACACACAGCCUCCGCCAUGAUGUAGAUACUCAGACAACCAGCCUAGCAAGUUAUGGAGAGUCCCUUGUUGACAAGAUGAAAAUGAUUGACAAACGGUAUGAGAGCCUUGCUUUGGGUGAAGACAAAAUCUUCCCACUACAAUCAAAACUUUCAGCAUAUAAAAAAGAGAUUGAGGCACAAAAGGAAGCAGAAAUGAAAGCAAAGCUGAAACAUUUCAAAGAUGUUGAAAUCGCAAAGGUGAGGAUGGAGGAAAAAUCCAAGUUUAAUGAGGAAUUCGAAAAGCUGAAGCAAGAACUGGAGAGGACUUAUGAGAUGAAGGCAAUGGCACUGAUGGAGCGAGAGAAAAACGCCAUCGAGAGGCUGCAGAAACAGCAAGAGAUUGAAGAAAAAAACAUCUACAUGCACAGACAGUCUCUGCUGAAAGAAAUCGAAACACAACGCAGCAGAGACAAUGAGCUGAGGAUGAGAAUGGAGGCUUUUGAAAACUCUUGUCAAAUUCAUGCGGAGAAGGUGAAAGUUUCUGAAGAGUUGUUAAGGAGAAGAGAACUAGCUGUCAGGACGAUGGAGGACACGUACGACCAGAAGCUGAAGAAUGAGCUGUCCAGGUACCAGCUUGAGUUGAAGGAGGAAUUUCUUAAAAGAACAGAAAAACUCACGGAAAGUGAGAACAGAAAUAAAGUGGAAACAGCCCGAAUCCAAAAGGAGUCAGAGAUGAUUGAUGCCAGACUAGAAGAGCACCAAAGAGCAUGUGCAGAGCUGAAACGACUGCAGGUUGAGCUAGAAACCGCACAGCAGCAGAUAUCUCUACUGACUCAACAGAAAGAGCUUUUAAAGGAACGAUUGGAGAGUACAAGCGACUACUCCAGCCUGAAAAUGGAGAAAGCAGAGCUGCUGGGACAGCAGCAGCUGCUUCAGAAACAGCUGGAGGAAGCACAAGAAGAGAACAAACGGCUCCAUGCAGAAAUGAUGAAACCAUCUAAAGAAGAGCUUGCCUUGCACGCGGAGCUUAGCCGACUGAAAAACACUCGUACGCUGGAUGAAGUAGAGUUUGAGAACCAGAAACAGGUGUUGCAAGCACAGCUUCAGAGGGAGAUGGAGCAAUGUGUUUAUCUGAAAGCUCAGCUGACAGAGUGUGAGAAGAGGUCAGAAUGGAUGGCCAAACAUGUAGAGGAGAUCAAAACCCAGCUUCGCCACACACAGCAAGCUCUGGAGAAUGAAGUGCUGCGUAACCCGAAGCCCUCUCUUGUUGAUCGCUCUGUUCUGGAGCUCGGCGCUGACAAGCUGGUUCCACCAGACAUCUAUAUGGAUGGAUCUGUGCUGAGGCCCAGGGCGAGUUACCAUGAUAUUUGUGAAGCAGGUGGGCCAUCCAGAGGACACAGGUCUCCUUGGAACGAUUCUCCAGACUCCGACUUUGAGCUUGUAGCAGAAGCAAAGGCUCGAGUCCUGGAACUGCAGAAGGAAGCUGAAAGCUUAGAGGAAGCUUACAGGAAAUACCAGCAGAGGGCAGUACACACCAUUCUCUCUCCCAGGCCUCUCUCCCCACAGCAAGCCUAUUCUUCACUCUACCCCAGCUCCCUGUUUAGGAAAAAAGACUACCAGGAUUCACACAACUAUUCAAGCCACAAACCUAAGACGUUACUCAACCAACUCACUCCUCAUUAUGUUCAAUCCAAAGCUAUGGCAUCUAAUGAAACCAGAAACAUCCUGCCAGCAGUCCAUGAACAGCCUCAGGCCUUAUUUGUCUCUGACCACAGUCCAAACUCUUUAUCUGAGCCUGUGUCUCUUAAAGAGGGACAAAGGCAAAAGAAACAGUCGGUUUCAGCCAAACGGAGCCCACAAUCCUCCUCCAGAGGGAGACUUCACAAGGAACAUUCAGAAGAACCAGCUGUCUCUCUGAUGCCGUUCUCCCAGAUGCCACUGUCUGACAAACCCGCACUGUUCCGUGCCUCUGUCACGACUCCAGGUGACUCUUCUGAGCUCAGUCCGCCUCACAGCCCCCAACACAGGAGCACAGCACGGGACCAAUCUAGUCCACCGAAGGUAGAGCUUGUGUUCUCCAGCUCAGCGUCUUCCCCACAGCCGGAGAAGAUAAACCUUGAAGAUCUAACAGGAGAAUUGCAAGAGUCCGGCCACAUUCCAGAGCUUCUCCCGGACACUGCUGUCCCUCUCUCUGAGGAGGCCCCCAAAAGGCCCACCACCCCCCAACCACAGGACCUCCCAGAAGACCCGACAUACUCGCAAACUCAGGCUGUAAAAGAGACUUUAGAUAAAUCUAUCGAGGACGAAGAGGAGCAAAGGUGGGAAAGGGAGCGAAAAGAGAAAAGGGAAAAAAGGCAGAAGGAGCUACAGGAGGCCAAGGAGCGAGAGCAGCAAGAACUGGAACGUUUGGAGAAGGAGAUGCUUUUGGAAGAGGCAGUGCAAUCAGAAAAUAAAGAGGAAACAAAAGAGGAAAUAGACAUUGGGAAAGGAAAAGACAAUGAGCAAAACAAGGAAGAACCAAAAGAAGAAAAUCCACUGGAAAAAUAUAUGAAGAUGGUACUAGAAGCAAGAGAGAAGCAGCAGGAGAAAACCUCUGUAAGAGUGGAUGAAGGAGGGAUGAGCCCAGAGGAUAAGAGUUUAUUUGAAGAAAAAGAUGAAAGCAUUGCAGCAUACUCGAUGAAGGAUGAAGAUGAUGAGUUCUGGUGAGCCAUCUCAUGUGCUUAACCAACGUUCUGGAUUGUAACUUUUGAUCAACCUAUGUAUUAGACUUUUGUAAAACUUUGUUCAAUAAAACAAACAAACACACUUCAAA